GGAGAAAACGAGAACACAUUGAUUGUGGUGAAACUGGAGCUUCACUUCAGAUGAUUUCAUUGCCAGCGACUUUGGCGAGCUAAAUGGAUGCCUGCAUGAACGAAAUGUUCAUCGAAUAUCCCUCGACAAAAUCAUGAUCGCAGCAGCUAGCAGCUCUUGUUUUGAAAAUGUUUGUUGGGCCCCACUGUAACCGUACGGGACUUUUAAAGUCCGCAAUCAGAGCUUACUAAUAGGAAAUGGCUCUGAAUCAAUCCAACUGUCAUAAAACUGUUCGUCCGAUACAAUGGACUAAUCGAGUAAGGGACAGAGAUUAUUUACUUAUUAUCGGUAAUUACCGGUAAUUUUGGUUUUAGCUAGUUUUAGUUGAAUGAGGUACGGAGUUGGAAAAGGCAAAAGCGCUAAGCAUGCCGUGGACGGUAUCUAUGUAUUCGAACACAUCAUGCCACUGUAAAUUCUUUAUAUUAAACUGCGCGCAUGUGUACGGGCAGUCUGGUACUGUACUAACGAUAAAUUCCGAAUGAGGAAGCACUGUAAAUGAGUAUGCACGCCAGUAUUCCUACGCAGCCUUGAUGUACACCAGCACAUCUCACAUUGAUGUAAAUUGUAACUAGUAUGUAAUCUGACCAUCUUGAUGUAUACCUUAUCAUCUUACUCAUGCUACUCGGUGGGUAAUCAGAAUCUGCAAUUAAAACCAGAACCCGAAAAUUCGUAUCAGAAACUCAGAAAGACUGCAAAAUGCUGACCCCAUUGGAGCAGACUCAGCAGAGUCUUGUCGAUCUGACUUACUGUAAUUUCUACCAUUUUUCAGAAUUAUGCCAGCUGUAGUAAGCCGAACAAAAAAUCCGGUUGACCCGGAAAGACUUCGUCAAGAUUUGUCCGACCCUCACUUUGAUGUAGACGAAUUCCUGGAAAACUUUAUCAAGCAGAGUGCCAUACAGCCUGCCACAACAGCGUUGCAAAACGUACAAGCACAACAGAAUCCUUUGAUUAGUGAUCUGAAUAAGGAAUACUUAUUCACACUUAACAAUGCCGCAGAAUACGGAGCAGACAUGGAUCACACUUUGCAGAAAUUGGAUGACCUUUUUGAAGCCUGCGUUCACCUUAAUGCAAAAGCACUUAUGCAACACAGAAAUGCGGAAUCGACCCUAAUUAGUGCGGAAGACAACGCCGUGGAGCAGUUGGAGCGGCGCGGAGAUAUGGUUAAACGAAGGCUGGGAGAAAUUGAUGGGCUAGAGCACGAGUUGGCUAACUUGACAGAAAAGCUGAGCAAUUUGGGCGGAAUACUGAUCUCUGUGGUGGAGCCAAACGAAAAGUUGAAAAAAGUGCACAAACUUCUUUCGCAUUUUGUUGACCUGAAUGCAGUGGGAAUCAGCGAUCUUACCUAUCCGGAGCUGGUGGAGCGCAGAAAUACCAUGGAAGAUUAUCAAGAUGCAGCAGAAAUCCUGCUCGUGCUUAAGUCCAUAUCGGGAACGUUAGAAUUAGCCAAAGAAAAUCCUUAUAAAAGGGCAUGUGUCAAGAUAAGCGCUCUAUAUGAAGACAUAGAAAAUGACCUGGUUGCUCUGUUUUUGCGAGCAUUCAAAGAGAACCCAAUGGACAAAAACCUUAUGCAACAAACCGCAUCUGUCCUACAAAAUUUUUCAACCGGUUAUAUGAGGGUUAUCAAUGAAUUUAUCCAGUGGAUAAUUAAUUCCAGCGCUAAUAGUCCCGAUGAUCCCUUCAAUAAGAUUAUUCAUGCUUGCGACAUGACCUACAAAUUGGUUUUCGAAAUUUUUCCCUCGCCUGAAACGGUUAUGGAUAAAUUCAUUACGUACUUAGCCUGUGCAGAGCUAGAAGAGGUGAUUCAUACGUCGUUAGCAAGCUGUGGGAAUACACUGGAAGGACGAGAGCUGUACCUGACAAAGGUAGCGGAAUAUUACAGGCGUAUCAUGCAGCUACAAGGCCCACUGUCAAAAUUUUGCAGUGUACGGAUGCAUAAUAUCCUUAAAAUAUUACUGAGCACCCAUUUGGAUACAUACGGGAAAGCAGAAAGCCGCUUUUUUCGCAGCCGUUGCAACCUUAUUGUGCAGCAGUAUUACGACGUACUUGCAAUGGAUUUUGGAUCCAUUAAGCUCGGACCAAUACAAAUGCGAGCCGAAGGGAAAGACGUGGCUUCGACUGUUCCGAUUGGUAGCGCGGCUCCAGCGAAAGCGAUACCGACUAUAAUUGGAGAUUAUUUACAGAACAAGGAAAUCGCGUAUGAGUCAAGAAUUCUCAGCCACUCUUUGGCGCUGAACAUUCUUCACGAGCUGCAAAAAUCCGCCAGUCGUGCACACGCACUGCUGAGUCGCAACGAGCUAGCCAGUUGCUUGCUGGAGAUGGGACAGACAGCUAUUCGACAUAUUCUGUUUGUGCAUGCUGAAUACGGGCUGGACGCUGGUUUGCGCAUGCUGCCUCUGCCGGAGCCCAAAACCGAGCCAAAGUUGGCGUUUUUUAGAUUGAUCCCGUUGGCUAUCAGGAUUUGUGACUUAGUGCAUCAUGAUCUUCCAGUCUGCUUACAUGGUAUGCAGCGAUCAAAAGGUCACUCCGCUAAACUCUCUGCCACACUUACGGCAGCGCGCGAUAGGCUAGAACAGAAGAUCACAGCCGGGAUCGAGUACUGUCUGAAUUCAGCGAUGCACUGGGUGCAAGUGAUGCUAUCCCAGCAGAAAAAAGCUGAAUACAUUCAAGUGAAUCCUGCAACCACCCCGACGGCAAAACGCGUGGUGGCAUUUUUCACGAAAGUCUGCUCUCUCGUUACUGAUUUCGUCAACAACCAGAAUCGCGAAAACAUCAGAAGGGAGAUGGGUUUGCGAUUUCAUCGAGAAAUUCUGGACCAUUUCGAAGUGUUCAAGUACUCCACGCAAGAGGGAAUGGUCUGCCUCUGUGAGCUAAAAGAGUAUAAGGAGUGUGUACUGCAGCUCAAGCAAGACUCUAUAACCAGGUUGUUUGAGGAUAUGCUUUUGGUGGGAAAUCUUCUGGUUUGCAGUAAAUCAAGUCUGUCGAAGAUCAGUUCUGAAAUCUCUUCGGAAGUGGACAGUGCAAGUUCACUUCAGUAUUUUCUUAGGUUACGUGAGGAUUAUCAACCCCCUAAAGAUCGUCCCUCUACUGUUUCUUUGACGGGCUUGUCCCGAAGUAAAUCUCUGAUCAACUAAAUAACAAACGUUUUUGGCAAGACUGCAGAAAAGAAACUGCUACCACGCGCACCCGGAC